UCCAAUUACCACCCAGAGCCAGAGCAUGCCACGUCUCCGCAAAUUGAAGAUUAAGAAUUGUGAGAAAUUAUCAAGCUGGCCGAGUGGGUUGGAAUAUUGCACCUCUCUUCAGGAAUUGCAUAUUCAAAAUUGUCAAAAUUUGAGGCAUUUACCGGUUGAUGCGCUACAGAACCCCGUCUCUCUUGAGAAGCUGUAUUGCACUAAUCUAGAAGCUAUUCCCAGUUUAGACAACCUCACAUCCCUCCGUGAGUUGUCUAUUCCGAGGGCGCUACAAUCCUGCACAUCUCUUAACAGCUUGACAAUCAGUGAAUGCCACCAUUUGAUCUCGCUGGCAGAUGUCGAUGUGUCCAGGUUGCAGUCUCUUUCCUCUUUAUAUAUAUAUAAUUGUCGGAAAUUAAAAUAUUUGCCAACGGGGCUACGCUCUCUGACGAGUUUGAAAUGGAUGGGAAUCGGUAAGUUUUGGGAGGAGCUCGAUUCUUUCCCUGCUUUUGAGCUUCCAUCACAAAUCCAAGUGUUAGGGAUCUCAGGGUGGCCUAAGCUCAAGUCUCUGCCUCAAGAAAUUCAACACUUGACUACUUGUUUAGAAAUUAUGAUUAUAGAUUCUUUCGACAGCAUGGAGGCUCUUCCAGAGUGGUUGGGUAACCUUUCAUCUCUUAUCCGCCUGAAUAUCUGGGGUUGUAAGAAUCUGAUGUAUCUGCCUACCGUUGAAGUUAUGCAAUGCCUCACCAAAUUAGAAACACUGGAGAUUAGUGGAUGUCCCCGUCUAGCGGAAAGAUGCGCCAAGGAGAGCGGCCCAGAAUGGCACAAGAUUUCUCACAUCCGAGAUGUAUUUGUUUACGAAUUGGAAACUUCAAGUGAUGAUUCGGAGUCGCUCAACUAUUCAAGUUUUUCAUGAAUGUGCCUUCGGGGAGUAGCUGCAACUUUCACAUUGAAGCACAAAAAGGCUUUUACUCUAAUCAGAAGAACAAGUGCUGAGAAACA